GUUGCAGCGCUGGCUCGAGCUUCCCUGGCACCCUCGCCCUCCCAUGGAUUGCCUUCCUGCGACUCGUGCGGAAUCACGCAGUCUUGCGCCCGAUAAGACGCUUUCACGCGCGCUCUCGAGUACGUGCGCACUCGACAUAAGCCUAUUACCCCACAGGCCAAUUCCACUCAAGCCGCGCCAAGAGCGCCCGCAGCCAAGAUGCCCAGCGUGUCGCGUGUCGCAUCAUCCCCUCCCUCGUAAACCCCGGCCGGGAGAGGAUUACGUUUAUGUAACGCCGAACACACACCACAUGCUCGUGUGAUGGGGCGGCAAGCACGGCAUUCGGAAGCGGUGGCGUUGGCUGGAG